ACGGGCGAGAACGCGCGACAUCAUAAAAUACGUUUCUGGCACGUUGAUGCUGUUCCGGUGUCCGGCGCGGAGCGAUAAACACGUUUAGUCAUCGCUACAAGAUAAUUGUUGCACAGCAAUACACCGUGGUGAGGAAAUCAAUAGCGGACGGCGUGUGCGUUCCGAAUCGAACACGCGGAACACGACGGACGACGACCGGCCCGGUAGAGCGGCACCAGCAGCAGUGCCGUCCGCGAGUUAUCACUGUCCACCGAGUAUCGUCGGUAUCAGCUUCAGCGAUCCUACGAGCCGUGCAAGUGUUCUACGGGCGCGCGCGUGCGUCAGUGAACGUGUGUGUUAGCGACCAGUGACUGGCACACGAGUGCGCUCGUGUGAGUGUUCGUCCGUGCAUGCGUGUACGUUUGUGUAAUUGUGUGCGUUAGCCGAGCGCGACGUAUACGCCGAUAGACUCGCGCGAGGCCGUCCGCGCUUAUCUCGUCAAAGGUUGUGAUCCGUCGGGCCAAUAAAAUUCGUGCGACGAUAAAAUAAAUAAUAAUAACAAGUAUUUAUAUUAGUACUUACAUCGGAGCAACGCGGUCCGUGUCCCGGGCGAACAGCAGCGGCCCAGUGACGAGCGAGUCGUCGUCGUCAUUCUUCUUGUUGUUUUUGUUGUUUUCGUAAUUGUAGUUAUAGCUACUACUGUCCGUUCUCUUUAGCGCGGCGUUGUGUCCUCGGCGAUUUAUGCGCUGAACGCGGGACGUUGACGUGCGCACAUUACCAGUAACCACGAUGGAAGCCAUUGCCAAGCACGAUUUCACGGCCACGGCGUCCGACGAGUUGAGCUUCCAAAAGGGCAGUCUGCUUAGGAUAAUCAACAUGGAGGACGAUGUCAACUGGUUCCGUGCCGAGUUCGAAGGCAAAGAAGGACUGAUACCUAGCAAUUAUAUAGAAAUGAAAAACCAUGAUUGGUAUUAUGGUAAAAUCACCAGAGCGGAUGCAGAAAAGUUAUUAGACGAACAGCCUGAAGGUUGUUUUCUUGUACGAAUUAGUGAGAGUUCACCAGGUGAUUUUUCACUUUCUGUCAAAUGUGGUGACGGUGUGCAACAUUUUAAAGUUCUACGAGACGCACAGGCAAAAUUCUUUUUGUGGGUUGUGAAAUUUGAUAGUUUAAACGAACUAGUUGAAUAUCAUCGGGAAUCAUCUGUAUCCCGCUCACAAGAUGUAAGACUUAGAGACAUGCCAGCAGCAACUCAAAAUGGAUUUAACCAAAUACCGACACUGGUAAUUGGAAUGUAUGACUUUACACCCCAAGAAGAAGGAGAAUUAGCAUUUAGACGUGGAGAUGUUAUAACUGUGACCAAUCGCACAGAUGCAAAUUGGUGGCGAGGUGAGAUUGGUACUCGGGAAGGACUAUUUCCAGCUGCCUAUGUUUCUCCUUAUCAUGCCCCUUAAUCUACUAGUGUCCUUAUUUAUAUGAAAUGUGUUUUACUACUGUAGAGAACAUGUGACCAUGAAAUGCAUAGACUUAGCAGUUCUAGAUUUUUCUCCUUGAAU